CCCCCAUGUGUGUCGCCCCGCACCGGUAUCGCUGGGCUGACGGGUGAGUGACCUUCGCGGGGCGCUGGGUGAGGGGGUGCAGGGAGUCGGUGUACACAGAUCCUGGACUGGACUUUUUUUUGUGUGUGUGUUUGGUUUUUUGUUUUUUUUUUUUUUUUUAAUUGAAUAAUCUGUACCCUGCUGACUGAGAAUCCAGAUUUGAGUUAUCUUCUUUUUUUUUAACUUCCUCCCUUCAUCACUGGAAGAGCACAGCAGUGGCUCCUUGUUCACUUCAAUGUCAGUUUGCUGCUAAUGGGUGUAAGUAAAUUAGACGUCUUGUACAGAAAGCUUCUUCUCACUAAACUUUUCAUCAGAGGAUGGGGAAAGCCAGAGGAUCUGAAAAGAAUAUUUGAAUUCAGAAAGAUUAUUGGAAACAGGGAAAAAUGCCAGACGCUGGUUUCAAAAGAUUACCCAGUGUUCAUUGACAAGGUUGAGGAGCAAUCUGACUGUAAAAUCCUUGAGGGACACUUCAUUUCACCAUUGGCUCAUUAUGUCCCAGGUAUCCUGCCUGUCGAAUCUAUUGUAGCAAGAUUUCAGUUCAUCAUACCCAGAAGAUGGAAUAGCAAACACAGACCUGUAUGCAUUCACUUAGCAGGCACUGGGGAUCAUUACUUCUGGAGGAGACGCACACUAAUGGCACGCCCAAUGAUCAAAGAAGCCUGUAUGGCUUCCCUGUUGCUAGAAAAUCCUUAUUAUGGCUGUAGAAAACCUAAGGAUCAAUUACGGUCGUGUUUAAAAAAUGUCUCGGACCUGUUUGUGAUGGGAGGAGCUCUUGUUCUAGAAUCGGCAGCUCUUUUGCACUGGCUAGAGAGAGAAGGCUAUGGACCACUAGGGAUGACUGGAAUAUCCAUGGGAGGACAUAUGGCUUCGCUGGCAGUGACAAACUGGCCUAAACCAUUGCCAUUGAUUCCGUGUCUUUCCUGGUCAACAGCUUCUGCAGUCUUUACUACGGGUGUGUUGAGCAAGGCAGUGAACUGGAGAGAGCUAGAGAAACAGUAUUUUACCCAAGCUGUUUAUGAAGAAGAAAUCAUUCAAAUGCUCGAAUACUGUGGAACGGAUUCUUUCAAGAUGGGACAAGACUUUGUUAAAAACUUCCCUGACAGUGUGGAUAGUCUGGAGGAUGUGGAUGUAACUUCCAGAAUGUUCAGCCUUGAUUCCUCAAACAAGACUGUUCACAGCUUUCCCACAAAUAAAAGUACGCUAAGUGCCUCAUCAGAAGGACUUUUAAUACAAGAAGCUCCUACAAUCCAGUGUAUAAAUCAAACAUUUUCAACCAGUAGCAAUAGCAAUAAAAACUUCACCAGCCCACAAGGACACAGGAUAAAUAAAAGAAGAAAGAGCGACACUUUACAGAGAGAAUCAUUAAGGUUCAUGAAAGGAGUGAUGGAUGAAUGUACCCAUGUAGCUAACUUCUCAGUUCCUGUUGACCCAAGUUUAAUCAUAGUUGUACAAGCUAAGGAGGAUGCGUAUAUUCCUCGAACUGGUGUGCGCAGUCUUCAAGAAAUCUGGCCUGGAUGUGAAAUCAGGUAUCUGAAUGGAGGUCAUGUCAGUGCCUACCUCUUCAAACAGGGACUCUUUAGGCAAGCGAUUUAUGAUGCAUUUGACCGCUUUCUUCAGAAAUACGCAGUCUAAAAAUCUUCAUAACGUACUGGAACUGAUCUCAUUUGUACUGCCACUUACUGGAACUCAUGUUUGGACAACAAGCCUAUUGCAACGUUGAGUAGACAGUCACUGACUUUGACUGUUGUAGGUGAGGAGUAUGGAAAAUGGUAAAGUACCAGCAUUACUUCCAUUUCAACCAAAUGCCGUCCUGACACACUUGCUUCAGCUUUACCUGUGAAAAAGCAAAGGCAGCAUUUGCCAGUGCAUGGAUGAUUCAUGUGCUUCGUAUUUAAUCACAUUGUGUGUUCUUUUGAUUCUGAAUAAACUCUGAAUGGUGUACCUGUUGAAAACAAACCAAUCUGAGAAUUGAAAGAAUGUAAAAUUUGCUGCAGGGCUAAGAUGCUCACCUGCCUUCAGUGUCUUUCCUGUUGGUUCCAGGUACUUAGGUUUCCUCCUGCUUUCUUGUAGCCUUGCUAUUCCUGUCGUGUUGUAUUAUGGCAUUGCCAGCACUCGACCUCUUGUGUUUGUCACCAGCUUCCUCUAUUAAAAAUUGACAAUGAGCUGCAAUAGAAGGGGCAGCAUCAAAUCUUGCAAAAAGAGACUUUGGAAAUUCAGGGAAGAGCAAGCGAGAGAGAAACAUUUUCAUUCAAUGCAUCCAUAAGAUUUUUCUGCCACUGAAUUAAAUGGUGCCAUUCUAGAAGAAUCAUGUAGUAAUUAAUUGAUUUGUUUCACAGAACUAGAAUGAGUGAAAAUGGAGUGUCUAGUAGUUAAUUGUUUACAUGCAUACAGUUGGGUAACAAACUUUUUCUCCUGGAUUAUUUUUUAGAAUGCUAGAGGAAAUAAGAGUGUAAUCAUUUUUCUGUACGAGCAGCAGCACAGAGAAUUUGAUUCUAAGCAGUUAAUUCAGCAACAAAUUAUAUGGUGCUAUAAAGACCUGUUGGAAAUAUUUCAGCAGAUCCUUUUUAAAGUGCACUCAGUGCCAAUAAGAAAAAUAAAGUUUCACUGUAUAGUAUUAGAAAUGCAUGUGGGACUAACGCUGAUCAAAACAGAUUAGCUUUUUAUUUUUCAGCACUGUGUUUUUAAUUGGGCGGAAAAUAAAUAAAAGAGGAUUAUGAACACAUUCAAGAAAAUCCAAAGUCUGUUGUUUCCUCUUUGGGGAUCAAAAAUGCCAACAAGUCACAGUAGAAUAAACGAUCAUUGUGCAUCAGCUGUACGUGGUAUCUGUCCACAUCUUAUUUUGUGGCAAUUGUGUGUAACGUCCUCAAAAAGCUAGUUUGCAAAGAAGUUCAAAUCUGAAACACUUCACUAUUAAUUGUAGUACAGUUAUGGCUGGAGUCACAUAGAAACAGAGAAAUCCAUCCAUUUCUCAGGAUAUGUGACUUCUACACCUUUCAAAUCAAGCACCUAAUUGAUCACCAUGGUUAACUUAUAAUGAUUUGUAGUAGGCAGAGUAUGAAGCAAGUGGAGUUCAGUGGAUAUAAAUAUAUUCUCCUGAAUUUUAGUCUGGCAGACAGGACUAAUCUGGUCAGAAAUUAUGGUUCACCUGAAAAUUAGAUCAGUUCAGGUAAAACUGAAUUGCCUCUAUUUGUGAAAACUUAGAUUAUUUAACAUACAAAUCUACUGAAAAUGCGAAAGAAGUUAUAUUCUGUUGGAAGUUAAGUUGCUUGUUUGAAGUGGGUUUUUUUCCUUUCUUUAGGCAGUGUUGGGUUUAUAUGUAUGGGGAGCAAACAUGAAGUGACUAGUGUGUUUAAAUAGAGUAAAGCACAGAAUGUUGAAAGGUUUGAAAUCAAAUAUUGGUAAGCUUACAACUUCACAAUUGAAGGCUUGGAUGCUAUCCUAAAAGAUUUAUGGGGUUUACAUUUUACAAGCUCAUUCUUACACAAGUCUGAUGUUCACCAGCUUUUUUACAUCUCACAUUUUAAAUGUAUUUGUCUGUUUUAUGCCCUGUCUCUAUUGCAGCUAUGAGAAAGGGAGAUAACCGGUGGCAAGGAAAAGGGCUUGAAUAAAUGGAGUAAGGCAGGGAGAAGGCACACAAAAAAUCAGCUUCUUUACGCUACAGAGUGUAAGAUGCCAAAGUAAAUAUUUUCAAAGCGCACAAUACUAGGAGUUACACAACUGAUGAGAGCUUGACAUCCUGAGGUUAGUGUUCUGCCCAUGUUAACUUGCCAAGAGGGCUUACUCUUUGCAGGAGCAGAUUUAUUGUAAUAGUACGCCUGUUUGUGAGAGUGUCUUUUGGGAUAAGUAGUGAAAGACUGGUCUCUGACAUGAGUAAGAAAUGACACUUUGCUCAGUAACGACAGUUGUGUUGCCAAAUGUGAAAGCCCAGUAAGUAGCAUUUAAGAAAUUUCUCAGGUUAGAAUAUCAAAAAGGAAGAAUGAGUUCUGUGAUCUGUUUCUGCCAGUUAUCAGACACGGGAAGCUCUUAGCUGGUCUGUGAAGGGGGGAAUCUUGCUGUGUAAAUGUUUUUAACCUUUGGAAAACAGACUUUUUAAACCAGAUUUUAAGGUUAAUUCCUAAGAAAGCAUUGUUAAUAAUCCAUUUUGAUGUUUAAUGAGAAUGUGAUUUUAAUCCAGCAAGUGCAUGAGAAAAACAUUGGGUUAAGGUACCUGCUGUUUGGGUCUAGUGCAGGAAAACCAUUCUGUAUGUCUUAAAUUCAUUGUCAAACUGGCCUUGAUCAUUUUUUUUUGUUUUAAUGUUUUU